AUGCCAUCAAGUUCGAGAAACGAUGAUGAAUGUAUGCUCUAUGAUAUCUCCAUAGGUGUAGCAAUGGACACUUUCACUCCAACUCCAACUGUACCACAGCAAGCUAUACCAAUGGAACCAUACAAGCUACCAUCCGUACUCGAUUGUAAGCAUUGUGGCGCCAAAAGAUUUCCAUAUGAAACGCCCAAGUUUUGUUGCUCAGGAGGCGAGGUUCACCUUUACCCAAUUACUAUUCCAGCUGAGCUUCAACAGUUGUAUUCUGGUUUAGGGGCAGACUCAGCCCAUUUCCUACAGUACGUGAAGCCCUAUAAUGAGAUUUUCGCAUUUACAUCCAUGGGCGUACAUCUGGACCCUGUAUAUGCGAAACGAACUAAUGGGAUUUACACAUUCAGAGCACAAGGACAGAUCUAUCAUUUCAUUGAUAGUCUUUAUCCUUCUGAGGAAAUGCCAUCAUAUCUCCAGCUAUAUUUCUAUGAUACACAAAAAGAAAUAGAACUUAGAAUGGGUGAUAAGGAUAAAUUGCAGCCACAUAUUAUCUCAGGCCUGAUUAAUACAUUAAGGGCUAAUCCAUAUUCUCAGUUUUCCCGGAGUCUUUCUGAUUUGCCAAAUAUCGAUGAAUGUCAAAUUAUAUUAAGAGCAAAUCCUACAACUGAAGACUCGACUGCUUUACCACCAACUGUAUCGCAAGUAGUUGCUAUCUGGAUAGAAGAUGAAGAUGCCACAGAAUUACGAGAACAUGACAUAAUUGUUCGCAAACAAGAAGAUGGUCAUAGUCAAAAAAUCAGUUAUUACUAUGGCUGUUAUGAUCCUCUCCAGUAUCCACUUCUGUUCCCAUCUGGUGAAGCCGGAUGGCAUCAAGGAAUCAAGAAAGUUAAAGCAUCAAAUACCAUGAAACUUUGCUUAGGCCAAGGCAAAGUACUGCCAAACCAAUUAGCAACAGCAGAGGAGUUAAUAACUUUCACAGUUGAUAUGUACGUUAAAAUUGAGACAUCAAGGUUAGAUUAUUUCAAAAAUAAACAAGAGGAGAUUCGAGCUGAUUUAUAUCAAGGAAUUGUUGAUAGCAUUGGUCAAAGCGAAUCUGAUCCUUCUAAGAUAGGCAAGCGAAUUGUGCUCCCAGGUUCUUUUAUAGGAGGACCAAGGGACAUGCGCAAGCGAUACCUAGAUGCAAUGACAUUAGUAGAAAGAUAUGGCAAACCUGAUCUCUUCCUUACAAUGACAUGCAAUCCAAAUUGGCAAGAGAUCAAGAAUGAAAUGAAGCCACAUGAAGAAGCUCAAAACAGGCCUGACUUACUAUCAAGAGUAUUCAGAAGUAAACUGGAACAUUUGCAAAGAGAAAUAGUAAAAAAACAACUGUUUGGUCCUAUUGCUGUAUAUACAUUUGUAGUUGAAUUCCAAAAGAGAGGUUUGCCACAUGUACAUAUGCUGCUGAUACUUAAAAAGUCAUUCAAGCUUAACACAGUUGCAAAGAUCGAUGCAUUCAUCUCAGCUGAAAUACCAGAUAAAGAGAAGUAUCCACAUUUAUAUGCAAUGGUUCUAAAGCAUAUGAUGCAUGGGCCGUGUGGAAAGCUAGAUAUGACUAAGGUCUGCAUGCAGAAAGGAAAGUGUAGGAACAACUAUCCAAGAAGCUUCUGUGCAGAAACAACUAUCGAUGCAGAUGGUUAUUCAAUAUAUAGAAGGCAAGCAAUUGGUGAACAAGUUCAGAUUCGAGGCCAUAUGCUUGACAACAGGUGGGUUGUUCCAUAUAAUCCUUAUUUAUUGGCUACAUUUGACUGCCAUAUUAAUGUUGAGGUUUGCUCUACUAUUAAAGCAGUCAAAUAUCUAUACCAAUACAUAUACAAGGGGCAUGACAAGAUUAUUUACCGCCUAGCUACUUCAAAAUUUCUAGAAAACAUUAACGAGAUCCAGCAAUUUCAAAUCGCAAGAUGGAUAUCGCCACCUGAAGCAGUUUGGCGAAUAUUUCGAUUUUCGCUUCAUGAAAUGCGACCAGCCGUUAUCAGUUUGCAGUUGCACUUGGAGGGCUAUCAAUUGAUACCACUCAAGAAAGACUCAAAUCUGCAAAAUAUCGUAGAUAAUGAGUUCUUAUCCAGAACAAUGCUUACUCAAUUUUUCUGGAUGAAUGCAUACAACCCAUCAAGAUCAUGGACAGAGCGAAAACAGCAAGAAGUUGUUGGCCGAAUCAUCACAGCAAAUCCUAGCGAAGGCGAAAGAUAUUAUCUUCGGCUACUGCUUACUUAUAUUCCAGCGCCUACAUCAUAUGCAUAUCUCAGAACAGUAAAUGGCGUCACCUUUGAAUCAUAUAGAGAAGCAGCAAUCAGUCAUGGUCUACUAGAAGACGACAAAAGUAACGAAAAAUGCAUGGAAGAAGCAUCUACAUAUCGAAUGCCAUUCUCAUUGAGGCAACUAUUCUCCACCAUUCUUGUUUAUUAUGCUCCAGUGAAUCCAUUAGAGUUAUUCUUUAGAUUCGAAGACGAUAUGGUUGAAGACUAUAUCUCCAUACAGAAAAUUAGCAAAGAUACUGUGAGGCAAAUUCUACUCCAAACAUUAAACACAGAGCUUGAGUCUAUGGGCAAAAAUCUAAAUCAUUUUCAAUUGUCUCAGCUUAUUACUUCAGAUUCAAUGAAGAAAGCAACACCUAGGGAAGUAGAAGAUGAAAUGAACAUCCCUAUAUCAGAGGAUGAUCUGAAGAGCCCAGACUUAUUAAAUGAUGAGCAGCUAAUUGCUUACAAUGACAUAUUGGAUGUUGUUUUUCAUAAGAAGCCCAAAUGCUUCUUCAUUGAUGGGCCUGGAGGUACUGGAAAGACAUUUCUUUAUCGAGCUCUACUUGCAGCAGUUCGUUCGCAGCAUCAAAUUGCAUUGGCAACAGCCAGCUUUGGAGUUGCCGCAUCAAUUCUGCCGAAUGGAAAAACCACACAUUCUCGCUUCAAAAUCCCAAUUAAUUGUGAAGGCAAACUCUGCUGUGGCAUAUCAAAGCAAUCUGGCCUAGCUACUCUCAUCAAGGAAACCGCACUUAUUAUUUGGGAUGAAGCAUCAAUGGCAAAAAAAGAAUCAAUUGAAGCAUUAGAUUACCUCUUGCGAGAUCUUACAGAUAACGACACAUUAUUUGGAGGAAAAGUUGUGGUUCUAGGAGGCGAUUUUAGGCAAGUAUUACCCGUCAUUCCAAAAGGAACCAGGCAUGAUUGCAUUAAUGCAAGUAUAGUGAGAUCAUAUAUAUGGCAAUCACUAAUCAAGUUCAAGCUCACACAAAAUAUGCGUGCAAGGAUUGAUCCAGCAUUCAGUGCAUACAUUCUGCGAGUCGGAAAUGGUCUAGAAAUGGAAAAUGAAGCCGGAAAAAUCAAACUGCCUACAUCAUUAGUCCUGCAACCAACCUCAACAACCCCAUCUUUAGAUCAGUUAAUCCAAUUUGUAUUGCCAUCCUUCCAUAUUAGCACAUUCGACCCACUCUCUUUGACUGACUCAGCCAUCCUUACCCCCAAAAACAAAGCCGUCGAUGAAAUCAAUGAGAUAUUGCUUUCGAAAUUCCCAGGCAAAGAGCACACCUACUUGAGUUUUGAUGAAACAACUGAUCCGACUUAA